AACAAAAGUUGAGACUCGAACACAAUCAGCUGUCGUCUGCAGCUGCCAAGAUGUCCGGGAAGACCAACAGGGCCAAGUGUUUAGAGACAGAGAUAGAGAGGAGCAGAGAAGAGUCAAACUGGAAGAAGGUUAUAGAAUUAGCGGAACACCUGAAGGCAAGGAAUCAACCUGGUUUAGAGACCUUAGCAAACUUCCUCAUUGGAGAAGGAAAACUUGAAUCAUACUUGGAGGAACACCCACCCACAGAGAGCAAUAUCCCCAAAGCUAAGAAUGGUCUGGCUGAGGCACGGAGGUACCUGCACAUGUGUAUUGGAGAGCCAGCCAAGAAGGGAGAGCUGGAGGUGUCUCUAGAUGCCCUGCUGCUGCUCUCCAAGCUGGAGUAUGCCAUGGGAGACUAUGAAGGUGCUCUGGGUCGACUCGCAGCCGCGGGCCUUGACCAGCUGACAGAGAAGGCCCUCCCCACCAGGUCGCUCAGAAUUGUGGCCGAGUCCUACGCAAUAAAGGGACUAUGCUCGGCGCCUCAACCCAGAAACAGUUUGUGCUCUGAGAAGGCCCCACUUCCAAACAACAGCAAGUUCCAGCGGGCAGAGAAAGCAGAGAAGAUGAUCAAGUGUUUUGAAUUAGCAGGGGACCUGACUCUCCUUUACCUACAAGAACAGGAUAAACUCUCCUCUACACCAUCCACACAUUCCUUACAGUCUUUGCCAGCAUCAAACACCACAGGAUCAACAUCUCCAUUACCACCAAACAGUGCUGCGAAUAAGAAAAUCGGUGUAAUUUUGGAAACAGCAUUGCAGCGUGCACCCAUCCUCCACAUGAAAGCUGGUCAACUGGAUAAAGCUAUUAGCAGAUACAGGAGCAUGCUGUCAGCGGUCGAGUCAACUGCUACACAACACCUCCGUUUGACCCUGGCACGACAGUUGGCAGAAGUCUUGCUGAGAGGAUGUUCUGAGCAUGCUUAUAAGGCUCCUAAUCAGGGUAUGAAAUCAAUAGAGGAGAAGAGUCGCAGCAAUUCAAGCCUCAAGUCUGGAGAAAGUCCCUGGAAGCCACAGCACUACAGUGGUACAAAUCUUUUUGUCCCCAAGAACAUCAAUGAAGAAAUAAUCCUGCUCUUACUUAUCAGUGAGGCCAUGGCAGUAAGAGAAGCUGUACUGAGUCAGUCGCCAGAAUUCAAGAAUGCUCGAGUUCAUGCCUAUGACAAUGCUACUGCUGUUUAUGAUCUUCUCUGUAUAUCACUGGCUAGAAGAAAACAAUUCAGUAUUUUGAUUGAGGUAUUUGAAAGAGCGAUGAAGUUUUCCCACGAAGAGAGUCACGUGUGGCAACAGUUUGCUCUUGCCUUAGCCUGUGGUCAUAAAGAUAUACGGGCGCUCUUGGUGUUGCAAGAAGUUAACCGUCUGUUACCUGCUGAGCCUCACUACUGUCUUCUAGCAGCCAAGAUAUGUUUCCAACAACUUGGCAAAACUCAGGAAGGUCUUGAGUGGGUAAACAAAGCCUUGAAGUCAUCAGAAGAAAGGAACAGUGUACUUGCUGCACGCUGCCACCUCUACUACGGCUUAGGACUGACGCUUGAUGCAUAUCAGACACAGCGACAAACCAACACCCAGGCACUGAGGACAAAGGCGCUUGAAUCUUUCAUCAGAGCUCAACAGUUAGAUUCGAGUGACCACCUGAUUGAGUUUUACCUCGCACUCCACUAUGCACAGAGCUAUCAUCUUGUUGAGGCCACACACCAUGUCAAGUUAGCCCUCUACCUCCGCUCAGAACACCCCCAGUCGCUUCACUUGCUAAUUCUCCUUCUUUCGGCACAGAAGGACUAUGAGGAGGCUUUGGAGCUGGUUGAAGCUGCCCUUGCAGAAUACCCAGAGAACCUGCACCUUUUGUAUGUCCGCGCUACUUUAGAAGAAGCAGUAUACGGUGGAGAGGUUGCACUUCUUACUGCACGUCACAUGUUGACACUCUGGCAAAAGUUGUACAAAGAACAGCUGAUGAGCGACAUCAGUGAUGUUCAGUCUCAGCGCCAUGCCAAUCAUGACACUUAUAGCAUAUUCAAUAUGUCAGACAAAGAUACAGCCCCGACCCCUGCUGAAUGCUCGGCUCCCUCCUCCAUGGGACUUGUCUUCUCCGAAGUGGUGUCCUUGAACCUUAGACUUCUCUCUCCUACAAUACAAAUGGAAACUAAUCCUGAGAAACACGGGACAAAACCCCAACUUACCCUUGACUCUCCCCCUCACCCCCCCACAGCUUCAGUACAUGCGGAGAGUGUUGCGGCUUCACGAGUGGAACAAGCUUUGUCUGAAGUGGCGUCGUCACUCUCAUCCUAUCAGCCUAAACCAGGACCACAUCAAGCGUGGCUACUACAGAUACAGAUCUGGCUUCUUACAGCUCAGUUAUACCUUAAGACAGAUCAAGUGAUUGAGGCUGCUAAUUGUCUACAAGAAGCUUCCUCCAUCUUCCCAAUGAGUCAUCACAUAAUGUUCAUGAAAGGUCUGCUGCAUGAGAAGAAGAAUGAGUUCCAUGAAGCCCAGAUGUGUUAUCAGAACGCCCUGGCAAUUAAUCCCUACCACUUGAAGAGUCUUCGUCAUCUGGGUGUGGUGUACCAUUACCUGGGCAGUGAUCGGCUGGCGGAAAAGACCCUGAUGGACGCUAUCAAGGUGGACCCCUACGACCACCACGCAUGGGAGACAAUGGGUGAGGUGCUGGUGAGUCUAGGACAGCUGGAGACGUCGAGCAACUGUCUCCAGACGGCCAUCGAAAUCGAGUCCAAGUCGCCCAUCCUCCCUUUCACCUCCAUACCCUUCUGCUACGAGUAGAGGGACGCCUGCGCGACCUCCUUCUGCUACGAGUAGAGGGACGCCUGCACGACCUUCUCCUGCUGCGAGUAGAGGGACGCCUGCACGACCUCCUCCUGCUGCGAGUAGAGGGACGCCUGCACGACCUCCUCCUGCUGCGAGUAGAGGGACGCCUGCACGACCUCCCACGCCCUUCCCCUCUUCCUUGAGUUAUUCAUGGGAGGUGUCCGGGAACGCCGACCAACACUCACACCCAUACAAGAGAGGACUUACCUACCUGCCUGCCUGCCUGCCGCCUCUAGUAGCUAUCAUCCUCCUGACUCCACCGAGGUUCCUGAGGAUGUCUUUACGUUAUCUGUGUGUACGUGCGUGCGUGUUUGUUGCUGGAAACUGCAACAUUCCCCAUUGUUUAUGUUUAUAAUAAUUCCAUAUAGAAUAAAAUUACUGUAAAUUUUUCUUUAGGGCGAGUAUGAGCCUCGAGAUACACUGUACUCAAGAGACUGAUCGCUGUAAAGUGUUGUAAAGCCGAGAGUUAAUGGGUUUUAGUUCCCUGUGCCAAAGUGUGUGGUUUAUUUUGUGUUGUUCCAUGGUACAGUGUGUUCCUAGUCUGUCAGCAGUGUGUAUAAGGGAUGAGAGGAAGGUAACACUAACCCCCUGAGUAUGUGUUCUCCUACUGCAGGGUUCACACGGGUGUUGUUAAGGUCUUGAAUACUGUACUGGUAUGGUAAUUGAAGCUUUUACCUCUUCCAACACCCGGAAAGUAGAGGUUUGUUUUACAUUUGGGGAAAAACAGUUUAGGGAAAUUCAAUUGAAGUAUCAGAAGUCAUUUUUUUUUGUCCUUGAGGUUAUUGAAAGAAAAAAACGCUCAUUUAAUUCACAUUCAAAUAAAUUCCUUUCCUAUUUUGGUUUAUUUAGUAACCAAAAUCAGGCAUAAAAGUUAAUCAGUCACUGUGUUAAAUUGGUUGGUAGUCCACCACUUUUUUUCAUAUAUAAGAUACACAUUAUUUUUAUAGGUAACCAGAUAGAUUUAAAAACAAACUACAUUAAAUUUGAGAAGAAAAACAUGGUGGUGCAAUUGCCUAUGUGGGUGAUUGCAACCAACCUAUCAAAUACUAAUCAACUAUGGCGUGAAAACUACAACAAUAACGACAAUAUUUUCUUAUUACUAACCGUGUAUAUAUAGUAAUGAGUUUAUAAAAAAUACAAUAAUUUAAGCUGUGAAAAAUUUAUUGUACAGUUUAAUUUUUUUUUUUUUUCACACAAGAACAUUUUUUGUACAUGUAAAUAUGUGUAUAACUUAUGUAAGAUCUAUAGUAAUUAUGUGAUUGUACAGUAAUUGAUUUAGUAUAUACUUAAUGUGUCUUUUAAUUACUCUUGUUUUGAUAAUGAUAAUAUGGUUUUAGUUAUGGAAUAUAUUGGCAUAUUUAGCAUAUGGGAGAAAAUUCUGUUCUGUGUAAGAAAGUUUUAAGAGAAAGUUUUCAAAUGUGGAAGACAGUUUGAGAUCUUGAAAGAAAGUUUUGAAAUGGAAGAAACUUUUCACCUGUGGAAGAAGAAAGUUUUGACCCUCAGAAAAAUGUCGACCUGUGGUAUGAAAAAGUGUGGGGAAAAAAGUUAUAGAAAAAUUCCUUUACCAGACCAGUGUGAACCCUGAAACUAGACGUCAAGACAGAUCACCUGAAGACUCACCCAAGCUUAUUUCACCUGAAGAUUAACCACCCUAAGACUACCUGCAAUGAUUAGGUUAAGUUAGGUUCGUUAAUUUUCAUGUAAAAUAACCUAACCUAACCCUCAAUUAGCGAUAGGGAGCCGAAUCUUCAGGUGAUCUUGAUAUUACCUUGUGUGUUGUAUUAUAAUAUUAUAUAAAAUUGACAUAGAUAUAUAUUAUUGCUAGUAAAAUUAAAAUGAAUAAGUGAUAUUAAUUUUAAAGUAUGAUUAAGAUGUACUAUGACAGAGAGGAAGAUUUAAUUGCCUGUGUGACUAUUGUAAUGAUGAGUGACUGUUCUGUAAUGAUGAGUGACUGUACUGUAAUGAUGAGUGACUGUACUGUAAUGAUGAGUGACUGACUGUACUGUAAUGAUGAGUGACUGAUUGUACUGUAAUGAUGAGUGACUGACUGUACUGUAAUGAUGAGUGACUGAUUGUACUGUAAUGAUGAGACUGUACUGUGAAAAAGAAAUAUUUGAAGUUGAUAUUAUGUCACUCUUAUUAUUUUAUUUUUACUGUUGUUUAGUUAUUAUCAUCAUCAUCGUCAUCAUAUCAUCAUCAUCAUAUCAUCAUCAUCAUCAUCAUUUGCCAUCUCUCCCGCGUCGUGUAUUUACUUAACAAUAUAUUAUGGUCUCCAGAAACGACAAAACUUAUUCCUACAUUGAGUCAAACAUAACCACUUAAGAAAUACACAUAUCCCUUACUUAAACAAGACAAACAAGUAUUAAGUUGUUUAAAACGGUAGUCACAACACACUUAAAAGUCUUAUAGUAGUAAAAAGUAGUUGUAGAAGUAAUAAUAAUUCUAACGGGAGUAAAAAAUAAUAAUUAUUGAUUUUUCUAAGGUUAAAGGUCAUUUGAUUCCCCCAAGUGUGUAUCAGUGCCUGUGUUAUUUCCUAAAGUUUAUUGAACGAUAGAAGAAGAAUCCAUUUAUCUGUACAGUAUGUUUAUUAUAGUGGUAGUGGUGGUAGUUAGCGUGAGACCAACAAGGUUAUAGGGGUCAUCUACUACCACUACUUCUAUUACUACCAUCAUUACUACUACACAUUCCACGAUAUGUUGGCUGUGUUCACGUAUAUAUGUGUCUGUGUGUGUGUGUGUGUGUCUGUGCGUGUAUGUGUGUGCUGUAAUAUUGUUGAGAAAUAAAGAAACUGUUGAGGUGAAUUAU